AUAAGGCUUAAGUGGAGAAUAGCCAACCAAUGGUUCACACAAACAGAGAUGUGAACCAAGGAAUGCAGAAAUAGAAGAAGUGAAAGGAAGGAGAUGGCAGCCAUUUCAAGCUUCUCAUCAUCUUUCAUCACCCACCAACACUCACUUUGCAGGGAGGUCAGGAGAAAUCCCAACUUCCUCCAUCUCAAGAAGCCAAGCAAAUUCAAUGUCAGAGCUGCAAAGCUUCCUUCUGGGGUGGAGAAUCCAAGAGUGGAGCCUCAGCUGACAGAACCUUUUCUUGGGUUCACUAAUACUGCUGAGAUUUGGAACUCUAGAGCUUGUAUGAUUGGCAUCAUUUGCACCUUCGUUGUAGAACUGAUAUCACACAAGGGUAUACUGCAGAUGAUUGGUGUGGAAGUGGGCAAAGGUCUUAAUCUUCCUCUAUGAAUAGUCUCCCGUUAUGAGUAUAUAUGUUUUAGUAAUAUAUAUCAGAAGCAAACAUUAUGUAUGUUUCUUUCGGAGAUUCAUUUAUUUGAGGAAAAAUGGCAGAUGUUGCCAAACAAUCAUGCUUUUGUCAGCCUCUAAUGGAUCCAACUGGAUUGAACAAACAUGCCCAAAUACAUCUCCAAGACCACAGAUCUCUUCCUGCUCA